AGAAAAUUUAAAAACUUGAAUUUCAAAAAUUCAAUUUUGAUUGUCACAAAUUUUCUAUCAAUAUUUAUAUUACAUAUAAAGUGAACCAUGUUUUGAAUUUUAAUAAUUGAUAUCUAGCUACACUAAAAGUUCGUUAACUAAAAUGAGUCUGCGCUUCCGACCUCCCGAAUUACAGUCUUUCAACUGGAUAUUUAAAGAUUCUCCAUGUUUUCCUGUAAGUGCGUCAAAAAUUAAUAUAAUAACAAACCCAAAACAAUUCUAUGAAACGCUAUCGGAAAGAUUUAGAUUCGCAAAACGUAGAAUAUCAAUAGCUAGUUUGUACAUCGGUACCGGUGAAUUGGAAAGAAAAUUAUUGGGAUUGACAAUUGAGAAUAUUAAAAAUAAUGAUAAUGUUAAAUUAAAUGUUUUACUGGACUACCAAAGAGGAACACGAGGUGAAGUUAAUUCUUUAAGUUUAUUUACUGAUUUUACUAAUGGGUUAACCGAUAGAUGCAAGUUGGCUCUAUACCAAACUCCUCGGUUACAAGGCUCUUGGUCGAAAGUACUGCCCUCACGAUACAAUGAAAUUGUGGGUCUACAGCAUAUGAAAUUAUAUAUAUCAGAUAAUUCUGUUAUUUUAAGUGGUGCAAAUUGUUCUAAUGACUAUUUCGAGAAGAGACAGGAUAGAUAUAUUGAAAUAGAAGAUGAAGAUUUAGCUAACUUUUAUUGUGAACUUAUAGAUGAGGUAACAAAAUUUAGUAAACUGACUGGGAAGGUCUCUUCAGAAAUUGAUAAAUCUUCAAAAGAGGUUGUGGUAAAGAAUCUUAAUCAAAAUGUCAAUAAAUUGAUCAAUAAGUGGAAAGAACAACAGAAUUCUAAAUUAUUGUCUCUAGGUAAUGAUUUACAAGAAAAUGAUACAUGGAUUUUUCCAUUAAUACAAAUGGGUGAAUUUAACAUUAAUCUAGAUGAGCAAGCAACUUGUACUAUGCUUGAAACUGUUCCAAAGGGUGGUUUUGUAAGGCUAGCUACAGGAUACUUCAACUUGACAGAAAAAUAUUCUAAGACUUUGUUACAAAAUUGCAAAUCAAACAUUAGUUUACUGAUGGCACAUCCAAAUGCAAAUGGAUUUAUGGGCGCAGCUGGACCUGCUGGAGGCAUUCCUCAUGCUUAUUCACUAAUAGCUAGAGAAUUUUGGCAACAAGUUAUAGAAUAUAAUCAAAUAAGCAGAGUACGGAUUUUGGAAUAUGAAAGGCAAGGGUGGACAUUCCAUGCAAAGGGACUUUGGUAUUAUCCUCCUGGUAAAGAAUUUCCCUGGUUAACGAUUGUGGGCUCAGCGAAUCUCGGCGAACGCAGUGUUAAACGAGAUUUAGAAGCCCAAGCGGCUAUUUUUACUUCAUCUACAGAUUUGCAGAAACGACUUCAUGAUGAAUGUUCGAAGCUGCAUAAUUACGCAACAGAAUGCAGUAAUAGCCUACAAGAGAGGCAGGUGCCCCUUUGGGUACGAGCCACUGUUGGGCUUUUUCGGACAUACUUCUAGUUACCAUCAACUCGGAAAUCUUGGCUUGGAAGGCCUGGUUCAACUUUAAGAUAAUGUAAUCUUUAGGCAUAAUUGUUGGACAUAUUUCUGUCUAUAUUCCAGUUAUAUUGAAACCUGGUUUUUAGCUUAAUAGUAUUAUUUUUGAGCUGUUUAUUGUCUCACAAACUGAUGACGCUUAUGAAUGAGUUUAUUUUGAUUGUUUUUAUAAAGUUAUUAUUUAGAA